ACAGAGGCCGCGCGCCCAGAGCCGAAAGGAAUAUGGUAGGCCAUAGGUCACUUACAUACACAUGCCAAUCUAUUUCCCGAUAUAAAUCUUGGCUCCAAUUGCCGUAUAACCCAAUAGGUACCUAUAGCGUAACAUACGUACACACACACACACAAACACACAGACCAACUAUAUACCACACAACAUGGACAAAUUAUUGAGUGCUUCGGUGGUACCCCUAAAGUUCCGUAAGAAUGCGCUUCUUACCGGACAUAUUCCCUACAAGUCACUCGCCUCAGACCCGCGCGUGUCUUACACUAUCUACGUGCCCGCCGAGGCUUACAACCAACGCCACCCCGACGGGGCUGGACCGGGACCCAAUAAGCUUCCUCUGUUGGUAGCCGUUCACGGAACUAGACGUGACGUUUUUAACGUUUAUGAUCUGGUCCCCUUCGCCGAAUCUACGCCGUGUGCCGUACUUUUACCAUUAUUCCCCACCGGGCUAGACGGACCAAAUGAUAUCGACUCUUAUAAACUAUACCGGUCUAAAACCCUUCGUCCCGACCUCGCUCUGCUGUCAAUGUUAGAUGAGGUGGCAACCAAAUGGCCUGCUAUAGAGACAGAUAAAAUCUUCCUCAUGGGAUUUAGCGGUGGUGGCCAGUUCUCCCACCGGUUUUUAUACCUGUACCCCGAGAGGCUGGCUGCCGUAAGCGCUGGUGCUCCGGGCCGUGCCACGUUCCUGGACGAAGACCAAAACUGGCCGGCAGGUAUCAAGGAUGCGGAGAGCGUUUUCGGGAAGGCCGUCAAUAAAGAACUUAUCAAAAAGGUCCCCAUCCAUCUCGUAGUUGGAGACCAGGACGCUGACAUUCACGGCGGUGACGAGUUCUGGGCCUGGGUGAAGAAAUACUUGGGCCAACCGGGCGAAGAAAGCGGACCACAAAUUAUUAAGCAAGGAAGGUUUAAGACUAUCCACGAUCUCCAGGACUCGUGGAAGCACGAGGGUAUCGAGUCGAAGCUCGACGUCGUCCCGGGAGUGGCUCAUAAUGCUCGUGGUGUUCGCAGCGUUGUAUUGGAUUUUAUGCUACCCCAGAUUCAAAAGAAGCUUGGAAAUUAAAUAGAGACAUUAAAACUUGGCUUCAAUUCUGCUUUAGCUGGCCGCGAUACUUAUUUUUAGCAUCAUUCCACGUAUGUAGGUAUUACGGGUGGGCCUCACUCCACCAUAGGUGAUAUCUACCUGGUAUCUAGCUGUUACGGGUGAAGCCCGAAAUUACACUAGACAAUCCUAGUACACACGUGUUAGUUUAAGAUGGAUUUUACUUAUAACUAACGCUAUACUAUUAAGCGUUUCUUAUACAUUUCAGUAAACAUGGGAUAAACUCAUUCGAUAAAUAGACAGUAUGAGAAAAUAUCGAAAUGGCAAUAAUUUAAAUGUACGUACAGCAUAAGUGUUAGUUUAGUAUUCCGUAUGAAUCAGAUCUUGUUUAUAUAACUGAUUGAACAUUUUGACAA